AGUAUUCUCUUUGCCGCGGGCGCGGGCAUGUCGUCAGGUAUGUACAUAUGUAACAUAUAAACAGAAGACCGCCCGCCUUCGUGCUCGCUCGGUCUGGCUCGGGCGGCCGCCCCCGCCUUCUUUACACUCGCUCUCCGUCCCGUUCGUCACGCGAACGAUAAAUAGAGCGGGGUUGCAGCUUAUGCUCUCUCCGCUGUGCGAUUAAUCGACGGUGCGACGGGGGGGAGUCCCCGGCCACGAGUGCGUCGGAAUCGAACGGAAUCGGAAGGAGCGACGUUGAGUCUCUGCUCGCUUUCGUCAGGGUGCACGAGGAACAUAUGAACGCACACACGAACGCCUGGUAACGACGAUGACGCGCGAUGUCCUGGCGUCGAGGAUUCCGCGUUCGAUCCCUAGGACGACCGUUCGGCGCCGACGUCAAGUGAGUAGCCUGAAUCAAGCCGAAGGACUUGAAUUGGCGCGUGGCUGCUCUCUCGAUAGUCGCCAAGUUCGCGGUGCAAAUCGGCGCGAUUGAAGUCGCGCGAACGAACGCGUCAUUUGUUAAAAUGGACCUGUCGGGUACGAUAUUACGUCACGACACCGCUGACAGGUAGUCGUUAUUGAAGCAGCGUCCUCGUAUUGCGUCGCGACGCCACACGUACAUUUGUAUCGUCAUUACAGCGACAUGUCAAUCAUAACGUUGCGUUUCGACGUCGCGCGAAUACUCGUCUCGUUGAAAUAACUUGAGAUUACUGUCCAUGGAUAUCGUGUCGUUGUUAAGGAAAGCUGGGACAAGGAUUACAUCACGACAUCGUGCAAAUAUUCUGUCAUCGUCAACAAAGUGAAUUGCGGAGUAAAUCGCGAGAUACGUCAACCUGUCAAUCGAAUAUCGCGAGAAAUCGCGCGUCGAUCGAGAUUAUCAAAUCGGCGUCGAGUCACUCAGAAACAAUCGCGCCGAAAUCGUAACUACAGACAUCUUCCAUCGGUCCUCGCGAGUGCAUCGAGUGCGUGAGAAAGUGCAGCAGGGUGCGAGAGGAGGAGAGGUUAGCCGAGGCCGACACCCACCGAGCGAAGUCGAUCAGCUGUUCCGCGGCGCCGACCUCAUCGUCGUUUCGGCAGAUAGUGACACUAUUCUACCGAUGCUACUUUACCGAGGAGACACUCCAGACGUCCUUACUUCGAGUACUUCUUAGCGUGAACAGUGAAGGAAAAAGGGACGAUGCUGUCGUACAUGCUGCCGACGGAGGACAAGCCACCGCCCGCGAGCAGCCAGCAGAACAAUUAUCGCGCGACCGGCAAGCUGCAGAAGAGCACCACUGCCGUGUUGAGCACCACGUCGCCCAGGAAGUGCGCGGACGCGACUAGAACGAUGAUCGUCUCCACUAGGAUCGAGGAUUCGUCCUCCUGCGAUCCUAUCGUCCGCCACGGUUCCCCUCAUCCCACCUCUCGACCGAUCGAGAGCCCGAAGCACAACGGCACCGCCACCGCCACCAACAUCACCGCCAACACCACCGCGAGGAAGUCGACCCUCCACAACGCCAACCGAGUCACCAAGGACGACAGCCUCUACAGCAUCGACAGCGACGCCAGCACCGCCGGCAGCGAGCGCAAGAACAAGAUCCUGAACGGUGCGAAGCACGCCAGUUUGAAAAGGGUAUCCUUUGGCUCAAGCAAAGGAUCCAUGGUGGAAACCCUCGUCUACGAAACACCCGUGCAAGAGGAACCUGAGAUCAAUCAUUUCCUGGACCACAAUGGCCGACUACCUCCUCCUAUGAUACCUGUGCCUGAUACUGAUGAAGGCAGAGAAAAGGUACGCGUCUCGUUGUUAGGUCCACAACCGUCGCCGGCGACGCCCGGCGUCCUCUUAUUGGAGCCGAUAACGCACUUGACAGGACACCCGAUAAACAUGGCCAACAAUUCCGUGGAACUUUUGACCACGCACACCGAGCACACCACGCCCGCCUACCACGCGCAGAUCAGCACGGACAGCGGCUGGGACAACCCGUUCAGGCCGGACGGCGAUCUAUCCCGGGAGGCUGAUGAGAUUGUCGAGUUGAUAAAAGGUGGCAAGCCGAUCACGCCGACUCCGGGUCAAAACGCGCCGCCGUUGCCGGGAUGCGACGCCACUGGCAAAACGGCCGAACAUGACUCUUCGAGUACCAGCCCGCUCCUCAAAUCCGCGAACUGUCACUCGUCACCCAGGCCCGGUCAAGAGAACGGCAACGCUCACGGUGGCACCCCCGCUAAAGGUCGAAACAACCAACAGCCUGUCAAUGAAAAGCUUUUUGUUAAGAUGGAAUGUUUCGAUACUCCAGGUCGCCGCGUCGUCGAGGACCGCGACCGUGGAAGUCGCAAGGAUGACGGCGCAGGGACCGGGCGACGCGUCACAGGUCGAGCAUGUCACUUUAAAGAAGAAGCCUAAGUGCAAGUGCUGCGUGCUGCAGUAAUGACCGCGCGAAGAAGGCGGCAGAGACGUGCACGCGAGAGACGGAUCCUCCUCCACUGUCGGGAGCGUGAUCUUAGGAACUCUUCAGCUUCGAGGCUUCCGUAGAAGUCGCGGCUGGACAGCUCGAAGCGUUGAAGAGCGCGAGACGAAAGACGCGCCGAGGACGCGUCGAUGAAAGAACAGCUUGGAGAGAAAAGUCUCGAAGGAGAUGGACGUUCCGAGCACGAAGAAUGCGUCAGCACUCUGGGCAUGCUUGGGACCUGAAGAAGAUAGCUUCUCGGAAGGGCAACAGAGAGUUUCGUCUUUAAGAUGGUAAAAAAAAAAUGAUAUUGAAAAAAGUGGGAAGAUAUAUUUGAAAAGAAUAUAUGACUGUGGAAGGGAUAGAUAAGAAAAUACUAUCACAGGUUGCUGAAAACCUGAAAGUUGAAAUGAAUGAUAAAUAGAAUGAGAUGUCCAAGAAAUUUUGCGUUAUUGAAUCGCGAAGAAGUUUCGACGAAGGGAAACGGGAAGCAAUACUUUAAGGGAAAUGCAAAAGGUUUGAUCAACCAGCAUACUAGAUUGAUCAAAACUUGAAAAACGAAGGCAACAGACAAGUUCGAAGAGGCUGAGAAAAUUGAAGUUUCUUUUAGGAUAUCUUGAAAAUAAUAAUAAAAGUUAAUUCUUACAAAGGAAGAUUGAACUCUCAUUAAAUUAUCUCCGGGCACGGGAAAGAAUUUCAUGCUCCACAUGGAAGACUAAACGAGAGGAAAAUUAGUGCGCGAACGAACAUUGAACCGUUUCUCGAGACAGUGACACGUUUUACGAUGGCGCGAAGGACCGAAAAGAUAGAAAAGAAACGGAGAGAAAAAAGAAAGAGAAAAAAAGAAAUCUAUAUAUAUAUAUAUAUAUACAUACAAAACUAUAUUGUAGAUACAGAAUGGUAGCUGUAUAGCUUAUAUGCUUUUACUAUCGUGGUUAAUUAUCGUCAGGAUUAUCGUGAUUUCGAGAAUGCAUCGUGCGCGUAGAACGAUAGAGUAAGAGAAAGAAAGAAUGCGUGAGAGAAAGCGCGAGUGUACGAAGAUGACGAUGAAUGAAAUGAUUAGAGCGAAGGAGGGAGUGCGCGACAAGGCAUGUAAAAUUCCGCAGGACGUCAUUCGUCCAGUAGAUCUCGGUGCGAGGCACAUCGUCGUAUAUGAGGAAGCUAACUCAGCGGCUUCGAUCAUUCUUUAAUGUACUGCGAGAGGUAUUCGACGCAUUAAACAUCAUUGUGUACAGAGUAUGCCAGAUACACCGCAGUCUAGUGUAUCUAUAAAUUCGUUUAUCGAUUUAGAAUUAAUCUUCAUUAUUUUAUGAAUUUUACGAUUUUAUUUUAUCUCAUUAUUUUACACUUAUAAUUCAAAAACUAGCUUAUAUUGUCAAGAGAGAAUUCGCAGUUUUUGACACCGUAUGGUUCAGUCAAGCGUUUUAUUUCAUUAAAUUCAUCGGGGGAUUUCGUAAAUAAAAUUUUUCUCUUCUAUAUGUCUUUUACUCAAUUGUUUCUUAUUAUUUCACAAUUUUUUUCCGAAGAAUUAUUACUCUUAUUAGUUCGCGCUUUUGCUUUUACUGCAUUUCUGGAAAAUGCGUAUUGUAAGAUUUUGAAAUAUGAUAAAUUUUUCACAUUCGUGAAGGUUGAUGCUGAUUCCGCAACUACUAUUUAGUGAUGUAAGGCAGCUUGUUGGUAGUAUUUUUAAUUUUAUCUACGAAAUCCUAAAGAGAAGAUUAUUUUUGCGCUACAAAUUUGCGAUACAAAUGGUGUUUAACGUGUUAAAUAGUGUGGUUCUAAAUAAAUUAAUUUUUUUAGAUCCUUCUACGAUGUCUCUUUCAAAACAUGUCGUUGAAUCAGAUGGUUGCUCUUAAAUUGAUGAGUCAGCCCUCAGUUUUGUUUGCUAGAAAAUUAAUUUGCUACGAAAUUAAUCUAGAAUUUUUUUACAACAAUUAACGUAUGUAAAUUUCUUAUUAUAAGAUUAUACAAAUUUUUAGAUUUUAUUGCGAUACCGCAUUUUUUAGGAGCGAAUUUGAGAAAAAAAGAGAGAAAGAAUUAUUUCUCUUUUCUUACGAUCAUGAUGAACAGAAUUGCGUCUUUUUAAACAUGCCAAGGAUUCGAUCUUGAAACUUCGUUAUGUCUGACCGAGUACCCAAGUGCAUUUCGUUAAUUAUCAUCAUGGGCGCCGCUUGAAUUUUUGAUCGGGGCUCGCAUAUGCAGGAUCAUUGUUAGCUGUCUUCUGAAAUAUAAAAUCUUUUGGUCAGGAUUCUUUUAUACAUAUAUUGAAGUGUGCGUUUUGUUGAAUUGAAAAGAAUUUGCGAAGAUUCUACUUUUAGUCUUUUAUUUAUACUUGAAUAUCAUCAAUACAGUAUUUUAUAAUAUUAAUUAAUAUGCGUUUGUUCGUCGCUUUCGUCAUUUUCGGAAACUCGAAUGAGUGCAAAUAUCUUUUCUUGCACUUUUUUCACGACGCCCAUGAUUUUUGUGUACCUGCGUUAAUGAGUUCCGCAUUCAGGGUGAAUCGAUUUAAAAUUUACAUUCUGACGAUUAUACUUAUACAAUUAUAAUUAUACAAUUUAAAUUUGCUAUUUAAAGAUACAAUAAAGAGAAGAAUCGACUUUAUAUUGAUCACAGAAUCUGUCAUUAAAAUCGAGACACUUUAGUCAUUAUCAUUCGGCUCGCCCUGAUCGACGGCGAAGCGGAAGUGCGUGAGGUGCCGGGGAGAGAAAUCGGAUUGUUUGAACGGUGUCGAAGAUACUAUUUUCCUAAUUAACGAGCCGCUCGAGGGGGAAAUCUCGGCGCCUCCCUGCUUCUGCAAUGGCGAUUUUUAAUGGACGAAAAACAAUUUAUUGUGCGAACUAGUCGAAGGUAUCGGGAGGUGUUAACUCUUCGUGGCGGCGAUUAAAAAAAAAAUAUCUUUUUAUCUUUUAUAUAUUAUAGUUGUUUUAAAUAGUUGCGCAACAUAAUAUCAAGAGAAAAAGGAUAUUGCGUCGUUGCACGCGGAGUAUGAUACUAAAUCUGCUGGACUUUUUUAUUUUGAAUUGUAAAAUAUGUGCUUGUUUUUAAAAACUAUUGCGAUAUUAAUAAUUUAUAUUAAAUGAUAUUAUAAAAUAAUUCAAUUUUAGUCUCAUAGAGAAAAUAGUAUGCAACAGUAUCUUUACUUUUCCCAUUCUUUUAUCUGCUUCUUUUUUACAACGUGCUUUCUCACAGCUUGUGUUAAUCCUCGAAAGGAUUCUCCGGAUGUUUCUGGUAGAUCCGGAAAUAUUCGAUAUUUCGCGUGCCGCGAAGAGCCGAUCGAGCGCAGUUUGCGCAGCGCAAUGCAAACGAGAGAGAUCUGUAACGCGCAUACCUACACACGAGAACCUCUUAACGUCUGUUCCCACGCAAAAUGUUGACUCUGCUGAGCUUACAGAUAUUAAACGAAUAUUAAAUGUCUUGUUAAAAAAAAAAAAAAAAUGACGUAUGAAGAACA